UCUUUUUUCUGUUUUUUGGUUUUGGUUUUUGGCUCCGACUCAGAGUGAAAGGGUUGAAUUGAAUCAUACUCUGUACGUUAUGAUGAAGAGUCAUUUUUGAGUUUGAGGAGCACAUUUGAAGUUGGUUAAGUCCAUACACUUACAACAACUAACACGUACCUCUCUGUCUCUAUAUCUUCUUACCUCUACCUGACGAAGAAGAAGAAGCAGAGAAAAGAAUAAAAUCUUCCAUGGCGACGGCUCCCUCGUCUCUCCACCUUCUCCACCAAGAUUUUCUAUGCCCAAAAUAUCCUCGCCUUUAUCACAAUUCUCAAUUCGGAACUCCUCGUCUCCGACGACGCCCCACUGGCACCGCCCGCCCGCCUUCCCGCUUUCCCUCUUUCGCCAUUCGUGCAAGUUCAGUUGUUACCUUACCGCCUGAAUGGAAGUCGAGCACUGAGGAAAGUGAAAGCUCGGGUGUUGAGCUGUUAGCAUGCCCAGUAUGCUAUGAACCGCUCAUACGGAAAGGCCCUCUUGGUCUUAACCUGCAAGCAAUAUACAGGUCGGCUUUCAAGUGUAAGAAAUGCGACAAGUCGUAUUCAAGCAAAGACAUUUACUUGGAUCUUACUGUUAUUGCUGGGUUGAAGGAGUACGUUGAAGUCAAACCAGCUGGGACUGAGUUAUUCAGAAGCCCUCUUGUUUCCUUCUUGUAUGAAAGAGGCUGGCGCCAGAAUUUUAACCGCAGUGGCUUCCCAGGUCUUGAUGAAGAGUUUAAAAUGGCUCAGGACUACUUUAAAUCCGCUGAAGGUGGUGUUCUGCUGGAUGUAAGCUGUGGGAGUGGUUUGUUUUCCAGAAAGUUUGCCAAAUCCGGGACCUAUUCUGGAGUUGUCGCGCUUGAUUUUUCUGAGAAUAUGCUUCGCCAGUGUUACGAUUUUCUUAAAAAAGACCCUACUCUUUUAGCUACUAAUCUUGCUCUUGUGAGGGCAGAUGUUUCUAGGCUUCCAUUCCCUUCAGGUUCAGUCGGUGCUGUCCAUGCCGGCGCGGCAUUGCAUUGCUGGCCCUCUCCUUCCAAUGCUAUUGCUGAAAUAAGUCGUAUAUUACGAACUGGUGGCAUCUUUGUCGGAACCACUUUCCUGCGGUAUACUUCAUCUACUCCCUGGAUAUUGAGGCCACUCAGAGAGAGGGCUCUGCAGAACUAUAGCUAUUUAACGGAAGAAGAGAUUGAGGACUUGUGUACAUCAUCUGGUCUCAUCAACUACUCGAGCAAAGUUCAGCAAUCUUUCAUCAUGUUUUCUGCUCAGAAACCUUGAGACUAGGUUUGAGCCAUUUGAAUAUAAUUUCUCCGUACAUGGAUUUAUCAUAUUUCUUGUUGAUUUGUUGUAUAGUGUAUUUAUAUAAUUGUAUAGACAUUUAAAAAGAAGAAUACAGAACCUGAAAAGGUGGAUAAUCUGGGGAAGAUGUAAAGUAUUGAUUAUUAAUAAGUAGUAGUAUUUUAUUAACUGUAUAAAGAAUGAUAGUAGUGCUUAACAUUAUCAGGGACUCAAUUAGUGGUUACUGAUUAGUAUUGACAGAUUAACAGCCAUUUCAAUCUUCAUUAGGCGAAGUUGAUUAUGGCAUAAAAGAUAACAUAAGAAGAACAAAUAAAAUAUGCGUGAACAAGAAUAGGAAGAAGAGGAAGUCGAGGACUGCUGUUUUUAGAUAAUCAGAAGGUUUGUGUUCAUGACAAGGUUUCAGUUAAGAAUUUGAAUCUUGCGAGCACGAUGGGAAACUAGAACUACUACAUGAAGGUUUAGGCGUAGGCUUGGAGUCACAUGAUCUUGACUCUUGAGCAUAGUUAGUCUUUAAUUUUUGGAAAAAAGGUUCUACAUGUGACCUGACCUAAACUUUAAAAAUGAGGGCAUGCAUUAUGCAUAUUAUAUAAUAGGGCAUGGUGAAGUGGCUAGGCUAAUAAAGAAAGAAAACCCUUUUUGACAAAGCAAAAUGGAACCAACUGAGACCACACAGAGGCCUGUGGCCACAGCAGGAAGAUCCCCUCGUGCGGCUCAUCCGCUGACCCAGUCCUCCCCCUAUUUCUUCUUCUAACCACAUCAUCAUCUCUGUAGAAUCUGUUCACUUCUGGAUCUUUGACCGUUGACCAACACUCCACACAACUUGAAGCCUUGACUUGAAUGAUAAAAGGAGGAGGAAAUGGUCAGUCCCAAGACACACUUAAGCUUCUCGUUUUGGGCAUUGCCAGUUUGUUUGAAAGCCAGGCCUUUGGAUCCCAUUGCACGUGAGCUUCUUGCUUACUAUAAUACCUUUCUGCUUUUCAUGGCACGUGGGGUUGGCCAUCCUCUUUCUCUUCUCUGAUUCUAUUUGUUCUGUGAGCUUAAUUUCUUUCUUCCUUUUAGUUUGGCUCUAGGGAUAUUUGCUAGUUAUGUCGUUUCAUCAAGUAUACACGUGCACUUUUAUCAUGAUUCUGUUUUAUUUUAGCAGUUUCUAUAAAUAAAUAAAUAAAACUACUUUUAGAUUAUUCUUUGAGAUUAAUCUUCAAAAAGUUUUGCUCAUCACAUUGGUAGUGAAUCAACAGUUAACAUACCUUCAAUGCUUGCUUAAGAAGAGGGGAAAGAAAAACAGAAAAAGACACUCAAACCACCUCAAAAUGUUUUUCUUUUGUCUUUUUAUAAAAAUGGAAAAGAUAAAAUAUUUGAUAAUAUCUUCACAAAAUGAUUAUAAGUUUGCUUAGGUCUAGCUCCUAGAGCUGAACUCUCUAAAGAAGAUUAAUUUAAAUGUAUAUAAGGGCUUUGCUAGCUUUAAUCUUCUAGGCAUGCAUUGACAACCGUUGAUUAAUAUGAUAAAAAUGUAUGAUAGCAUUAAUCAUGAGUUCUUGACAACCGUCGGUUGUAAUAUGAUAAAAGAUUUGUGAUGUGGAAUGCUCUGAUGAACAACAAUCACAUAAGGUGGAAGCUCGAAAUUGAAUGGUAGACCUGAAGGAAGGGUACAAAGGGAAUGAUACAAGACUCUUUGGCAUUGCAAACCCCAAGGUAACUCUUGGUUGGAGCUUAGAGGCACAAUAAGCAAGGUCUUCCUCAAAAUUAGCACACUGGAGCCUCUAAUUAAUUAGGUCAUUAGUUUCCCUAACUAGUGCUCAAUGAGUUGUGCUUGUCUGUCAAAUGUUUGUUGCAAAACCACAUUAUUGUUAAAGCAGGACUUGUGAUUAGUGGAUUAGUGGAGUGGUUGAUUGAUUGUUGACAUGUUUUAUUCCCUAAAAACCGGGUUUCUUUCUUUCUUUCUUUCUUGUACGUGUCUUUGUUUUGACUCUGUUAGUAGAUUAGGCAUGCUGCCAUGGUUGUAUUGUAUGG